AUGGCAAGAAUUUCGUCGGCGGUAUGUCUAUUGUUACUAGUAGCACUAAGUACGGUUUAUGAAGUGCAAGGGACGUUUUUAUUAAGGCACUUCCUUAGAAAAAUUCCCAGAAGAUCUAGGGGGCUUAGGCCGUUCGCUUGCAAGGGUAUGCUGAAGUUUGUGAACCUGUUGGAGUUGAAGUGCCCAUUGAAGCCUGUGUACAAGAACUUAUUUGGAAAUUUAAGGUCUUACGUGGGCGCAAUAAGUUCGGGGUCGAAUGUUGACUUGAAAGGGAAAGCUGAGGGCGUCCAAAGUGCUCUUUCUGCACUGGGUGGUACCAGCGGAUCGUCGGUGGAUACCAGCAAGGUAAUGAAUGUGUUAAUGAAUAUGGGAAAUACUUUGACCUCGCAAACGAGUAGCAGUUCAACGGAAAUGACAAGUGGACAAAGACAAUUGAUGCUCACGUCUCUUAUGCAAUGGGCACAAGUGAUUAGUCAAGUUGUUGUCAGUGCGGCAUCAAAGAGUGGAAGCUCUAUUGACAUAAAAUCCCUAGGAAUUGAUGGCAGCGAUGACAAUGUGGCCACCGGAGGUUCAACUACUGGAACUUCUACAACCGGCACAGCCACUGGCACCACAACCGGCACCGCCACCGGCACAACCACCGGCACAGCCACCGGAACCGCCACCGGCACAGCCACCGGCACAGCCACCGGUACCACCACCGGUACCGCCACCGGCACUACCACUGGCACUGGCACAGGCACUGUCCCUGUCACUGGAAUGGCUGGUGGGCCUGCUACUUCAACGGAAGGAGGAAGCUCUUUUGGUAGAUCCUUUUCAGGAAAAACAGGGUCAACUAAUUAUGCAGGUUCUGUCAACUAUCAAUCAGGCCACAAGUCAUCCCAACAAACUACCACAAGCAACUCAGGAUCCCCAGGCGGCACGGUAUCCCCAGGCAGCUUCUAGAAGGAUUUGAUUCAGCUCCAAGUACUAGAAAGACCGACCUUAGAAUAUAUAUUUGAUAAUUAUGUUUGCUUAAAUAAGAAAACGGCCCUGCUAACAUUCACAACAGCAAGCUGUAGAAUGCCUGGCUCUAUUACGCCUACCUUAAAUAAUACGGGAAAGAUUUUUA